AUGCCCAAAUUCUUCUGCGAUUACUGCGAUGUCUACCUCACGCACGACUCCAUGUCAGUGCGCAAGGCACACAACAGCGGCCGAAACCACCUGCGCAACGUCGUAGACUACUAUCAGCAAAUCGGCCACGAAAAGGCCCAGUCCGUCAUCGACUCCAUCACCUCUUCCUACGCCGCCGAGGGCCAGGCCCACGCGAACCCGAUGCUUCUCCAGAACCAGCCCGGCCACGCAUUCCCGCCGUUUGGGUUCCCCGGCGGUGUCCCUCCGCCCUUCCCAGGCCUGCCUGGAGCUCCCCUCGGACAGUUCCCUCAAGGUCUCCCGCCUCCCCCUGGUGGUCGCGGCAUGCCUCCUUUCCCUCCCGGCCCCAACGGAAUGCCCCCGAUGCCUCCCAACGGCCUCCCAUUUCCUCCUCCUGGCGGCCUUCCCUUCCCUCCUCCGGGUGCUCCCGGCGCAUCUGGUCUCCCCCCGCCAAACUUCCCCGGCAUGCCUGCGCCGGGACAGCACGCGUUCCCUCCUCCCGGAGGCUUGCCACCGCCUGGGUUUCCCGCUGGCGGACCUCCUGCUCCUGGACAGGACAGGCGGUGA